AUGGACACACCUAGUAAUUAAUAUUAACUCAAAAUUAACUUUGUUGAAGAUAAUAUUGGUAAUAAGAUAUACUAAAGCACACAAGAGUAAUAAGCAUAAGAUCAAACUCCAAGUACCUAUCGUAGAAGAGAUGGAUAGAAUUUCUUGAUACCUCGCACUUCAAUCAAGAUGAUGAAUUAAUCAUAAAAGAGAUUUAGCAAAAUUACUGCAGGUUUAUCUUAUUUAACUAUUUCAAAUGUGUUUGACCAUGCAUUUAAAAUAAAUAUUGUUUAAUACAUAAACUCUUAAGAUAAAAAGAUCUCUGAAAUAAGAUUCUUGAAGAAGCACUUAUAAAACUGCAAUUUUUUCUAAAAUUAUGCCAUACCUUUAGGUGAUGAUGUCUUCGAAUAAUGCAUUCAAAAAUUACAAAUUAAAACUCUUUAGCCCAAUACUUAUUUAAUUUAAAAAGGUGAUCAAGUAGAAAAUCUUUACAUUUUGCUUAUCGGUUCUGCUUUAAAGACUCAGUAGAAGUUAUAAAAAUCAGAAAAUAUAAUAUUAUAAUCCGAAUAAGAUUAAUUUACUCCAUCAAAUUAUAAUUUCUCUUCAAUGAAUUCUUGCUUUUAAAUUCAUAAUGCAGCUUUACAAGUGUCUCCUAAAAGUUAAUUUUUGUAUGAUGUAAAUUCAGCUUUAUCCAGUCAGAGUAAUUUUAACCAAAAUAAAGGAAAUAAAGAUGCAAAAAUAGAACCUAUCACUAGUCUCUUUGAAUAGUAAUUUUUGCAAAGAAGUGAUUCAACUCAUUAUAUAUAUAAUACAGAGGAAUGUGUGUAUGCCUAUAUAAAUUCUUCAACUUUUGCUCAAAUCAUUAAAAAUAGUAAAAACAGUGAACUCAUAUAGAAUUUAAACGAAAUUAGGAGGUCUUAAUUUUUAUCCGAUUGGCCUGUGAUUAAGCUAAAAUCUAUAAUUAAUUAAAGUACAAUCAAGAGUUAUCAAAGAAAUCAAUACGUUUACAAGUAAGGUGAUUAAUCCUCAUUUUGGUAUUUGAUUUUAGAUGGAGAAUUCGAAUAUGAGAAAGAAUUUUCUAUAAAUAAUGAAAUUAAUGACAUACAAAAAGCUUGUUUAGAUAAAGUAGCUCAUGAGUUUAAAAAAUAGAACAUAGUGACUGAUGAAAGUUAGAAAGGUAAAGGGUUUCUAAGAGUAUCUCUAUUAUAAUAAGGAGAACUAUUUGGGUUAGAAGAUUUAAUUCCGAAAGAUCUCAGAAGAUAUAAUUUAAAAUGCAUUUCUAAUGUUGGAACAGUUAGAUAAAUUAACGAAUAAUUGUUUUAUAAACUUAUAAGCAAAAGUAGUGAAGAAAGCUAAAAGUUAUAGAAUUUAGCUAACCAAAAACUAGCUUGGCUUCAAAAAGCAACAGAAGAAAAAAUGCCAAUAAAUAAGAAAAUAUUUAACACAAUUUUAGAUAGCAAAAGGAAUAGAACAAUUUAGUUGAUUAAAUAGUAAGAAGAAUACAAAGAAAAAGAAAUGUAAAACAUAGCUAAAAUGGUUAUGCAAGCAGAAACAAAUAUUAAUAAUGAUUAGAGAAAUAGAAAUAGAAGCAAUUUGGCUAAUAAUCCAAGUUUUGGUUUUAAAAAUACAAAUAAUCAUGAAACACAAAGGGAUGUACUUGGCUUGGCAGAAAAUACAAUUGAAAACUAAAUAAAAGACUCAAUAAAUAAAAAAGUGUCUUUAUAAAAGGAUAAAAAAAGAAUUCAUUAAUUAAUUAACUAAAUAUAAUCACCAAUCAAAUUAAUUUAACCAGAAAAUAAAAUCACUUUUUUAUAACCUACUGAUGAUGAAGAAAGCAGAAAAAAUAAAAUACAAAAAGAAUUAAGCUAAGAAAGAAAAAAAAUGAUUGAAGCAAAAGAAGACCUCCUUUCUUAAUAUAGAGUCAGUAUUGAUAAAUAUGUCUCAGAAAAUAAUUAGAAGCUAUACAAAAAGAUUGAGUUCAAGAAGCUAGGAGCUAAUUAUUAUAUGAAAUCACAUUAAUAGGGAAGUGAAGAUCAUUCAGGCUAAAAAUAAUAUUAAAAAAUAAAUGAAAAAGAUUCUUUGACACCAAUAAGAUGCUAAAUAAAAAAACAACUUAAUUGUUUAGGUGAAGAUUAGAGCUAAAAAAAAGAUUUUAACUCCAGACUAGCAAGUAGAUAAGCUUCGAGUAUUUUGGGAGAUUAACAUUCAAAGUCAAUAAAUUAAUUAUAAUUAAGUUUAAAAAGCUCUCUAGCUAGCUUAGAAAAUAGCAACCAACCAAUAAACACAAUCAAACCUUUGAUAAUUCCUAAUUUGUAAUUAAAAAAUUAUGGAUUGGGUUCCUAAAGUCCGAUACUAAUAUAAACAGCAAGAAGUUUCUCUUAAAAUUAAGCUUAAAAUUAAAACUAUACUAAUGAAAGCUCUUAUUCUGAGCAGAGCUCUCCUUUGCUAAGUUUUCAAAAUAAAUUAUUUAUUCCUCAAAACACUAAAAAAAUUAUAUUUAAACAAAAUUCAUAAAAUACGCCUAACUCAACAAUUCUUGAAAAGUAUAGCAUGUCAACAUAAUCCUCGUUCUUUAAAAAAGGAAACGAGCUAUUUGAGUAAAUUAUGACAGCCAGAAAUCACUAAAGUUCAUCUAGGCAAGCUUAUAGAAGCAGCUCCUAAUAUAAAGCGAGUGAUGGAAUUGGAGAUUCUUUUUAAUUAAAUAUAUAACCCCAAAAACAAAAUAUCCAUAAUGAUAAUCAAAUAAUAAAACAUAUUAAAUAAAAAAUGAGCUAAAAUCAUAAAAGAUCCUCAAGUUUAAUUCACUGA